UUUUAACAGAGUAAUUUGUUUACAGGCUUUUAUCGAAUGUAACGCAAAGAAAACCAAGGAACCAUCACAACUUAAAAUUUCUACCAGAACAAGAAAUGGCACCUCUAAUGGCAUAUUUUCCGAAAUUCAUAGAAGAUGCCACUAGUAAAGACAUUUUACUUGGAAUUACGAAAGUUAACAACAGAAUCGAGAAACUCUUCCGACACAUGCUGCAAACAGGGAAGUUGCUGAGAAUUCACACACUGAUAUUUGUAUACAAAUCGAUAGAGCAACAUUACGGAAAUGGAUUGGAUGAGGAGAAACUGAAAAAACUCUAUCAAUUAUCUUGGUGUUUAGAAGCGCAUAGUAAUACAUACAUUGUGGUGGACGACAUGAUGGACAGCAACGAUACCAGACGAGGCAUUAAAACGUGGAGCAAUUUGAUGGGUGGUGGAGCAGCUAACGACGCUUUAUUGCUUGAAUAUAUACUACUGCGACUAUUGAAACAAUAUUUCAGUGACCACCCAAACUACGGUAGGAUGUACGAUACAUUUUUAGAGCCUCACUGUCCCAUCUCGAUGGCCCUGGAGCUAGAAAUCACGAAUUUUGAAGAUUUCACGAUGGAAAACCUGAAAUUGGUAGCGGCCUUGAAGAUGAUGCGUCAUAACUACAACCAUCCAAUUGAAUUAGCAACGUUGCUCGCAAAUAAAGCAUACUUCAUGAAUGAUCUCAUAAGAGAUGCUCUAGUACACAUAGGUUUCUUAUUCAGCAUUCAGAAUGAUAUUGCCGACUGUUACGGUAACGAUGUAACUGGUAAGAGUUGUGUCGAUAUUCAAGAUAAGAGAUGUUCCUUUCCCAUAGUUACAGCCUUGCAGAAGGCGAACCCUGUUCAAAGGAAAAUUCUGGAGGAUUGUUAUGGGUUUAAAGAUGAACAAAAAAUUGAGAAAGUGAAAGAAGUAUACGAAGAAUUGGAUAUUCUGAAUGAAUAUUAUAAAACCGAAGAACUACAUCUACAAAAAAUUUCCGAAGAGAUCGAGAAAAUUCCAGACGAAUUUACCCGUUCGCUCAUGUGGAAAAUUGCUUAUGUAAACAGUUUCGGUCAAUUAGGGGAACCUCCUUACUAGAUGGAAUGAAAGAGAAUUUGCUUCCUUGGCAAUUCCAAGAAUUCUCUAAUCAUUUCAUAUUUAUGAAUUCAAUUAAGGUUCAAGAAGAAGUUAUUUUAAUGAGAUAAGAUAUUUUUUAUAAGUUCAAACAUAAAGACUGUACUAAUUAUUGAAAACUUGGUGACCUGUAAGUCUACGAAAAAAAUAACACAAGGAGAAACUAUUUUUCCUUCA